GCGUGGUGGCUUUUCAACUUCGCCCCUGUCAGUUCCGUAGUGGUAAUGUUUGGACAGUUAAACAAUUGACAAUGCCUGUGGAGAGCCUGCCAGUCCGGGAUGUGUCCAUUCAGUUGCGUUUACUACAGCAGUAUCUGGUCCUUCUGAAGAAAUACCCCAUCCUCACUAAAUCUGUAACAAGUGGCAUCCUCUCAGCUUUAGGAAAUCUUCUGUCUCAGAUUGUGGAGGCAAGAAAAAAGGCCAAAAAUGGAACCCCGGUCAAUGAGAUCGACGCAGCUGGAGCUGCACGCUAUGCAAUUUAUGGGUUGGUUAUUACAGGACCAGUGAGCCAUUACUUUUACCAGUUGAUGGAAGUGUGGAUGCCUAUCACAGACCCGUACUGUAUAGUGAAACGUCUGCUACUGGAUCGGCUGAUUUUUGCUCCUGGAUUUUUGCUCCUGUUCUACUUUGUUAUGAACAUCCUGGAGGCUAAAGGGUGGGGAGACUUUGAGAAGAAGAUGAGAGCAAGUUAUUGGACUGCUUUAAAGAUGAAUUGGAAAGUUUGGACCCCUUUUCAGUUCAUAAAUAUCAACUUUGUGCCUGUUCAGUUUCGAGUGCUGUUUGCCAACAUGAUCGCCUUAUUUUGGUACGCCUACCUUGCAUCUGUGAGGAAAUGAAGCUUCCCUAGAUUUGCUCACAGAAAACACACCUGGAGGAAAACUGGUUCUUCACAAUGGCUUUAACAUCUGGCUGUAUACUGGAGGUCUACUGCUACUGUAUACCUGCUCCCUAGCUGGAGAAUAAUUAUCAAACACUGAUUUCUGAUUAACUCCUAACAAACCUGUACAAUGAGUAUAAGCCUGUAUAACAUGCUGCUAUGAUAUUUUGGGUACAUCACUGCAUUUGAAAUAAUGAAAAUGUAGUUUAUAAUAAAUGUGUUUGCUACAAAGCACUGCCAAAAUCUGAUGACGUUGAGGAAAGAUGUACCUGUAAACCCGGAAUGAAUUGAUUGAGACAGUCUCUUUUAAAUAUUGGAAUAAUGGUAAGUUUAAUUCUCAUUGAUUAUGUGUGUGUUGAGGUUGUGGUCUGUCCUGUAAAUAAAACAAGACAUGUGACACAAUU